UCUGAAGUAAGUUGGACCCUGUGACGACGAUGAUAAAGUGAAAGUUCAUAAACUAGACUUAUCAUUAUGAUCUAGAAAUUGAACCGUUCGUCCCAGAUUCCAGGUGUUUGCAAAAUGGAGAGGCUACGUGUUACUUUCAGCCAUCUCUCAGGAACAGGCACAAGUAACGAGGCAUCCAGAUUGGUAACCAAAGAGGCCUCGGCCAGAAAAUUCUCUGACAGUCCAGACGACGUUGUCAUUGUGUCUGCUCGCCGUACGCCGAUCGCCAAAGGAGGCAGGGGUUCCUUCAAGGAUACGUUUACGGAUGAUUUGCUAGUCCCAGUGUUCCAGGCUGUUCUACAAGAGGCCAAGGUUGCUCCAGCAGAUGUACAAGACAUUUGUGUUGGUAAUGUUGGAGAUCCAAGGCCAGCUGUGUCUGCCAGAACCGGACAAUUCUUCAGUGGGAUUCCAGAAACUACGCCCAUUCACUCUGUUAAUAGACAGUGUUCCUCAGGACUGCAGGCCUGUAUGACCAUAGCAGGUGCCAUUAAAACGGGCCAGAUUGAUUUAGGAAUAGGAGCAGGGGUAGAAUCUAUGAGCAUGCACAGGAAUACAAGUUCCUUGGCCCCCAUCAACCCCUCUGUGUUUGAACAUGACCUUGCCAGACAAGUUCUCAUCCCAAUGGGAAUGACAUCAGAAAAUGUUGCAGAAAAGUUUGGAAUCACAAGAGAAGAGCAGGACAAAUUUGCCUUGUUGUCACAACAAAGAGCUGGCAAGGCCCAGCAGACUGGUGCGUUUAAUAAGGAGAUAACUCCUGUCACCACCAAAGUCACGGACAAGGAUGGAAACGAGCACACAGUCACAGUGUCAAAAGAUGAAGGAGUGAGACCAACAACCCUGGAAAAACUGCUGAAACUAAAGCCCGCAUUCAAAGAGGGCGGGUCUACCACUGCUGGAAACUCCAGCCAAGUUAGUGAUGGAGCAGCAGCGGUUCUUAUGGCCCGCAGAUCAGAGGCUGCCAGGAGGGGGCUGAGGGUAUUCGGGGUGGUCCGGGGGUACGCUGUAGUAGGGUGCCCCCCAGACAUCAUGGGAAUCGGACCGGCGGUGGCCAUUCCAGAACUAUUGAAAAAGACAGGCCUAACCAUUGAUGACAUAGAUGUUUUUGAAAUCAAUGAGGCAUUUGCCAGCCAGGCUUAUUACACAGUCAAAAAACUGGGCAUUCCAUCAGAGAAAGUAAAUCCCCUGGGUGGAGCCAUUGCUCUUGGUCAUCCACUAGGAUGCACAGGAGCCAGACAAAUAGCGACGCUACUGCACGAGUUGGAAAGACGAGGAAAAAGGGCGUUUGGUGUUGUCUCCAUGUGCAUGGGGACUGGUAUGGGUGCAGCUUGUUUGAUUGAAAACCCAGGACCAGCUUAAUUAGGACAAGGAACCAGUCAAUUCCAUACUGCGUUUUCAUGACCAGCUAAAGUUCAGCUGAUAUGGGGACCAGUUCAAAACUGAUAUAGCUAGCAGAACUAACUUGGAAUAAUUAUCUGUGCAAAAUGUUGACUUACCGAUUUAUGCAACAAGAGCUGAUUGUGCCAUCAGAAUGGCUACCACAAGCUGAUUUGGUGCUAUGCAUAAUUACUAUCUGUGAUCUACUUUUAAUCAUAUUUCCAUUAUCAUUGUUUUAUAUUAUAAAUGAACAAUAUUUAAUAUACAUAGUUUUGUGUAUAAUGAUUUACAUCCAGUGCACAGUGUCUACAUGCAAUGACUUUCAUAGCCCUCUGUAUAUAUAUGCACAAACAAACAUAUAAUUAUACAUGUGUAUAUACUUAUCCUUGUGUCAUUGAUCUGUAAAAUAUUUAUUAGAUUUAAACAUAUUUGUCUAAUGUAACAGACUACUGAUCUAUGAUUCUGUACAAUGGAUGAGAAUUGCUUUGAUUUUAUGAAUAUUAGAGUUGAUGAAUAAACAUUUCUUUAUAGAUUAUUACAUUUCAAUUUUGAAGGAGCAUGGUCACAAUUUAAAUUUUCAAAUUUUAGUUUUCCAAAUUAUAAUAUUUACAAUGCUUACCUAAGGUUAAUUUCAAAGCUUUAGCCGAAAUUGUAUGUCAAUUUUCAGUAAUAAACGAUAUCAUUGUU